CCUGGUAUACCUGGAAAUGAUGGUCAGAGGGGAAUUAAGGGUGAAGCUGGCUUUCCAGGACCAAAAGGAGCCAAAGGUACACCUGGAGACCCUGGUGAGAUGGGAUUGCCUGGAAUGCCUGGUUCAAGUGGACAACCUGGCUCUAAGGGCACUAAAGGGGACAGUGGAGAGUCUGGUCAAUCAGGACCUCCAGGACUAGAGGGUAAGCCUGGAGAACCUGGGGCAGCCGGCCAGCCAGGACAUCCAGGAAUGCCAGGAUCACCAGGACAGAAGGGUCAAAGAGGAGAUGCUGGUGAAAGAGGAAUAGAUGGGAUGAAAGGUGAAAAAGGAGACUCUGGGCGACCUGGUGUUCAUGGUUUACCUGGGCAAGCUGGGCAGAAAGGAGAGAAAGGGACAGCAGGAGAGCCUGGUCAGAGGGGUCAGUUCGGCCAUCAGGGGCUUCCUGGACAACAAGGACAGACAGGACCCUCAGGGCCUAGAGGACAGAGCGGAGAAAUAGGCCCCCCGGGACAACCUGGACCUGAAGGACGACCUGGCAGAGAGCUGUCUGAGCAACAUAUUCAGCAGAUUUGCAGAGAUGUCCUUCGAUCUGAGAUUCCUGCUCUUCUAUUGAGUAGCCAACACAAUCAUCACAGAAGCUGUGAAAACUGCUACACACAGAUGGGACCCCCAGGGCCUCCAGGGCCACCAGGUCCUCAUGGCUCUCAAGGAUUCCCAGGUUUAUUUGGUUCUAAUGGGCUGCAAGGUCCGCGGGGUUUACCUGGGCGGCCUGGCGGCCCUGGCAUGAAAGGUGAUCCAGGAGAAAAGGGUGAGAAAGGAAAUCAAGGACGGUCACAAAUUGGAGACCCAGGUCUCCCAGGACCACCAGGUCCAAUGGGUCCACAAGGGCUCGGAAAACCAGGCCACCCAGGAAAGCCGGGCCCACCUGGUCACAACGGCGAGGAGGGGAAGAGGGGGCAUCCCGGCGAGCCCGGUCAGCCAGGCGUGUGCCAUCUUUCCAUGUGCUACGGCGCAAUGUUGCGAAGAGAUCCUUUCAGUAAAGGGCCAAACUAUUGACAGAGCUUUGGCUGAAAUGCAGACAGUCUGGAUGCGGUGCUGCUCAGUGAAUGAAAGGAAACAAUAACAGCGAAUCUUUCCAAUCUCAGGAUGAUCAAAUUUUUCAAGAGUGUUUCUCACUCAUGGACACAUGAAGUACCUCUUAAAGUGUAAAUAACAAGAUGAUGUUAUCAUCUACAUUAUCACCACCGAUUGUCCAUGACUCAGUUCAACACUUGUCUUUCUGUGUCACAAGCUGAGAUGUGCCAUGAUUUAUUCACGCUGUUUGUCAUGUGGCAUGAAACGCAUCAGCUGAAUACUUGUGAAAAGCAUCCAGUGUGAGGAGUUCUACAACACUCGCAGUGGAAAUUCUACCUAGACAUCGACUUUACUUCCUCAAUCUCUUGCUCCCCCAAGUGGCGUUCAUCCAUCACCAGCCAAUCAUCUCGUCGUAUUUAUAAUGCUAGAUUUACUGUCUAUUUUGCAUUUGUGUUUCUUUUUGGUCAGAUGUUUCUUUUGCUGCUUGCAAGCUUUUCAUGGGAGGUGUGGGAGUUCUUUUGUAGCGCUUUAUGUUUUCUUUCCUAUAUUGACGUCUCUCAGACAUCCAUGAUAAUUCUUGUCCAUUUAGGUAUUAUUACAAGGGUUCCCACAUCUUUUGACCAAUGAAUUUCCUUGUUUUG